AUGGAUGCUUUUCUACCAAAUGAUCGAAUAACAUUUGAACGAUAUCAACAAGUUCAAUUUGGCUGGACACGUGAUCAAUUGACAAAGUAUGUUGGUACUCCCGGAAAAGUUAUGCCAUUAUCUAUUGAUAAUCAAAAUAUAAUUCAAGUACAAUAUCAAGGUCUGUCGCCUAGUAUAAUUGCUAUAGCAGGAUUUGGCUUUUUAAAUGGAAAAUUAUUUACAAAAACACAAUUUAACUUCGAUUUUACAGUAAAUUAUAAGAUAACAAAAGAACAAUGUGACAGAAUUCAAAUUGGAUGGACUUAUCAGCAAGUAAGAGCAGCUGUUGGAAAUCAAAAGGGAAAUGUAGUGUCAGAAUCUGGUACAAAUGGAAAUACAGGAAUGGUAGUUCAAUAUACUUGUAUCAAAGACCAACAGCAAAAAGUAGAUGGUACCGUUACACUUGCAUUCGUAAAUGACAAAGUAGUUAGUAAAUUACAGCCCUGA